GCGCGCCCAUGGAAAGCAGCCGCAGCCGACCUCAAGGCCAUGCUCGGCGGCAACAGCGAGCCCUUCAAAAAUCCGCUCGACAGCGACGCAAAGGGGCCGCUCGCGCAGUCGUUCUGCCGCGUGCGCCACGGCGAGAGAUUCGAGACUGGCCUCGAGCACGACCUGGAGAAAUCGGGCACGGGCGAAAGCAAGUUGUCCAGCGAGUGGCACCCCGGCGCCGGGGAUUCGGGGCCUGGGGCCGCGCCGCCUCGCGCGCGACACAUGGCCGCGGAAUCUGGGGGCCCGAAGUCGACGCGCAUCCAUAUCAUCGAGAACUUCGCGGAGAGGAGCACCAAGGCAAACGACUCUGGCGUGGCCGUCGACAUCGCGCGCGAGGCCACGGCGUUGCAUCCCAAGGUGGCGCGGGGCGGGGACUUCCGCGCGGUGCUCGGGGAGGGCAGGUGGGAAUGGCCCCUGGGCGCUGGCCAGCGCGCCCUGUCGGCCCCGCCCGAGCAGGACGACGACGGCGACGACCUGAUGCCCAUGGUGCUCGAGGGCGUCGCGGGCGAUGAGGUGCGCGCCGUUGUGCCGCGGGGGGGCGCGCGAUCUACCAUGGAUUUCGCAGAUGGUGGUCAGAACGUUUGCAUGGCGGGCAAGGGUAGCAUCGCCGCGGCGAUUGCGAAGCCCAAUCGGGUGGCCGAGGGGCGCCCGCUGCGGCCCAGCCAUCCCGCGCGCGCGUCGAAGACGGCCGCGCGCGCCGAGAUCGUCGCUUGCGGAAUCUACUCCGACUGCGAGGACGAAGGGUUGAGCCCGAGUUAUCCAGGAACGGUGCUUAACAUGAUGGAGUCGGCCCCAAGCCCGCCUUGCGCUGGGAGUGUCGCGCGGUGGCGGCUGCUGGACAUGCCGGCGCGCUGCUAUGACUUCCCGCAGGAUAAGCCGACCAAG